GGAGCUCGAGGCUGAGGGCGGCGGGUCUGCGCGGAGCAGCCGGACCCCGGGCGGCGGGCGCCUCAGAGAUGUUUUACUCAGGGCUCCUCACCGAGGGUGGCCGCAAGGAUUCAGACAUGAGGGAGGCGGCGUCGCUGCGGCAGCAGCGCCGGAUGAAGCAGGCCGUGCAGUUCAUCCACAAGGACUCCGCGGACCUGCUGCCCCUGGACGGCCUCAAGAAGCUGGGCUCGUCCAAGGACACGCAACCUCAUAAUAUUCUACAGAGGCGCCUUAUGGAAACCAACCUCUCUAAGCUCCGAAGCAGUCGUGUCCCUUGGGCCUCCAAGACCAACAAGCUCAAUCAGGCUAAGUCUGAGGGGCUAAAGAAGUCUGAGGAGGAUGACAUGAUUUUGGUUUCUUGCCAGUGUGCUGGAAAGGAUGUAAAGGCCUUGGUUGACACAGGCUGUCAGUAUAAUCUCAUCUCUUCAGCCUGUGUGGACAGAUUGGGACUCAAGGAGCAUGUCAGAUCUCACAAGCAUGAAGGAGAGAAGCUUUCUCUACCCCGGCAUCUGAAAGUAGUGGGCCAGAUUGAGCACCUAGUGAUCACAUUGGGCUCCCUCCGCCUGGACUGCCCAGCAGCUGUGGUUGAGGACAAUGAGAAAAACUUGUCCCUUGGACUUCAGACUCUUCGAUCACUGAAGUGUAUCAUAAACUUGGAUAAGCACCGGCUGAUCAUGGGAAAAACAGACAAAGAAGAAAUCCCUUUUGUGGAGAUAGUUUCCUCAAAUGAAGCCAACACUUCAGAAGCAUAAUUACAGCCUGCAGCAUAUCUGCAUGUAUGCACACAUACCAGUUUGACAGAUUGAGAAAAUUGGGUUCCAACUAAACACAGAAGCAACUUGCUGUGGACCAAGUCCUUCCCUCUAAUACAAGCUCUAAGGGUUCCUUCCCACCCAGACCUCUCUAGACUUUAGUCUGUGCUUAGAGAUCUUGUCUGGUUAUAGCCAUUGUUUUUUACUCCUUUGAUCACUUAAUUUAUAGACUGUUUUGACACUGCCAGGUCUCACUUGUGUCCUAUUUCUCUGCUUCUUCCUCAAAUUUGUCUUUAUUUGUCAUAUAGAGGCCACUCUAUUUCAGGUUCUAUUUCUCCACACAUACACUUGCUUCUUUUCCAAUAGCUAAAGUGUAUAAUAAACAGGAGUCUUUUA